GUCUGCCAUACGCAUGUUAAUGGUUAGGACUUGUUGCAAAGCUUAGUUCAGCUUAGGCAUUCUGGACAUACGGUCACAAUAUUCAGUGGUUACUACGUCACCGUCGAAAUGAAGUGUUAUGUGUUUCUUAUUGUGUUCGCUAUCUUGGAUGGGAGUUCUUGCAAAUUGAACACACUAACAAACUCAAAACUGCAGAACAAGGCAUCAAUAAAGUACUACACGAAGCAGACGGACAUCACAAUACCAGUGAUGAUGCAUUUAGACAAAGCACUGACCAGAGCACUGUCGAAAGAAUCGAAGCACAAAAUAAGAGAGAAGUUCAAACUACUAGCAAUAGACAUAUUGAAAGACGUAGAAGAAUUAUUCUCCCAUCCAAAUCUACAGCAGAAAGUCAAAAUGGAACUGAUAGAUGUAAAGAUACUAAAGAAUAAUACUAAGAAAGUGGUGAUGGAUGAGAAUGUUUCCAAGUAUCUGAAGAGCUACUGCAGAUGGCAAGGGGAGAAGAAACUGGCUAAGCAGAAGUGGUUCUAUUCUGUGCUGUUUACUGGAUUGGAUCUGUUCUAUUUGGAUCGGUUCGGAUCUGAAGUUAGGAGUAGUACAGGUCGAGGCUACAUGAAGAGUAUGUGCAGCAUCAGGAACAGCUGCACCCUGCUGGAGUGGCACCCCAAGCACAUCGCCUACGUACUCACACAUGAAAUAGCACACAGUCUGGGUAUAUCCCACGAUGGGCCACCACACAACGACUGCCGAGGACAGCGCUACAUCAUGGACGCCAAGUACAACCCCAAGAACCCAGCCAAGACCUGGUCAUCGUGCAACAAGAGGGAGCUGAACCAGUAUUUGAAGAGCAAAAAGGCAUGGUGUUUAAGGCAGGACCCAAGCACAGUAUAACUAAUAUAAAACCUAGACUAAUAACAAUUAGUAUUAAUUAAAUAAUAACUAAAUAUUAAUACAACGUUAAGGAGAAACCAUGAACUAAUGGUUUUUUAGUUCAUAGAAGAAACUGAUGAGAUUAAAGCGCCUACUAAGAUUAUGUGAGCAACUCUCAGAGAGUAGUGAUUGCAAUGCUCGUUAGACUAUUUAGGCGCUAUGAGUCAUUUUUGCCGAUUGAGGCUUUUUUGUCAUUUUAAAUAGAAGGAUAGUAUUUAAGCAGAACAUUUUUGACUGAUUUUAACAUAAAUAAAUUUCUAAAACACAA